UACCCUUUCUGCUUCUUGUCCUGCAGGGAGAUAGCUAUUCAACUAAAACAAACAGAGAGACCUCAAAGUGGUUGGAGAUAUGGCAUCACUUCGAUCGACUGGCUAUGUAGACCCUGGAUGGGAGCAUGGUGUUGCUCAGGAUGAGAGGAAAAAGAAGGUUCGAUGUAAUUACUGUGGGAAAGUUGUAAGUGGUGGGAUAUACAGAUUGAAACAACAUUUAGCGCGAGUCUCUGGUGAGGUAACCUAUUGUGACAAGGCUCCUGAGGAUGUAUGCCUGAAAAUGAGAGAAAAUCUAGAAGGGUGUCGAUUAAGUAAGAAGCCAAGGCAUGUUGAAUAUGAUGAACAAGCAUAUUUAAAUUUUCAUGCCAGUGAUGAUGCCGAGGAGGAAGAUCACAUAGGGUAUAGAAGUAAAGGGAAGCAGUUGAUGAAUGACAAGGGAUUGGUUAUAAAUUUGACUCCUCUUCGAUCACUUGGGUAUGUUGAUCCUGGUUGGGAACAUGGUGCCCCUCAGGAUGAGAGGAAGAAAAAGGUAAAAUGCAACUAUUGUGAAAAAAUAGUCAGUGGAGGUAUCAAUCGGUUUAAGCAACAUCUAGCGAGAAUACCAGGAGAAGUUGCACCCUGUAAGAGUGCUCCUGAGGAAGUAUAUCUUAGAAUAAAAGAGAACAUGAAGUGGCAUCGUACAGGAAGGAGGCAUAGACGCCCUCAUACUAAAGAGUUAUCAUCCUUCUAUAUGAACUCAGAUAAUGAAGAGGAAGACGAAGACCAAGAAGAAGAGGCACUACACCACCAUAUGAGUAAUGAAAAACUUUUGAUUGGAGAUAAAAGACUGGACAGAGGCUGUAGGAGAAGUUUCAAAGGAAUGUCUCCUGGUAUUGGGUCUGAAUCUUUGUUAAAAAGGCCAAAGUAUGAUACAUUGGGUACAAGAGAGCCAAAGUCUCUAUUUCAAGCUUCUGGAAAACAUGUGAAAGUAUGUUCAAAUAAAAAAUCCCGCAAGGAAGUCAUAUCCUCAAUUUGCAAGUUCUUCUAUCAUGCUGGAAUUUCUCCACAUGCAGCAAGCUCUCCUUAUUUUCAGAAAAUGCUGGAAUUGGUUGGUCAAUAUGGAGAAGGUCUAGUAGGACCCUCUAGCCGAGUAUUAUCUGGACGGUUUCUACAAGAUGAAAUCGUAUCCAUCAGAAAUUAUCUUUCUGAGUACAAAGCUUCCUGGGCUGUGACAGGUUGUUCUAUUUUGGCUGACAGUUGGCAAGAUACACAGGGUAGAACUUUAAUCAAUGUUCUGGUUUCUUGUCCCCAUGGUAUGUACUUUGUUUGCUCGGUUGAUGCCACUGAUGUAGUUGAAGAUGCAACAUAUAUCUUUAAGCUGCUAGACAGAGUGGUGGAAGACAUGGGCGAGGAAAAUGUCGUGCAGGUGAUAACUCAGAAUAAUCCGGAUUAUCAAGCUGCUGGAAAGAUGCUUGAAGAGAAAAGAAGGAAUUUAUUUUGGACUCCUUGUGCUGCAUAUUGUAUUGAUCGCAUCCUUGAAGACACUGUGAAAAUAAAAUGGGUCAGAGAAUGCAUGGAAAAAGGCCAAAAAAUCACCAAGUUCAUUUACAAUAGUUUCUGGUUGUUAAGUCUCAUGAAAAAAGAAUUUACAGCUGGACAGGAACUCUUAAAACCCUCUUUUACUCGAUAUUCUUCAACCUUCACUACUGUUCAGAGCUUGUUGGACCACAGAAAUGGUCUUAAGAGGAUGUUCCAGUCAAAUAAAUGGCUUUCGUCCCGGUAUUCAAAGCUGGAAGAUGGUAAAGAGGUGGAGAAAAUUGUCCUAAAUGCCACCUUCUGGAGGAAAAUGCAGUAUGUUAGGAAAUCAGUGGAUCCCAUUUUAGAAGUGCUUCAGAAAAUCAAUAGUAACGAAAGCCAUUCAAUACCCUUCAUUUACAACAAUGUAUACCAGGCAAAACUUGCUGUCAAAACCAAUCAUAAUGGCGAUGAGGGCAAAUAUCGGAACAUUUUGGAUAUCAUAGACAGCCACUGGAAUUCAUUGUCUCAUCAUCCUCUCUAUCUAGCAGCACACUUUCUGAAUCCAUCAUACCGGUAUCGUCCUGAUUUUGUUCCGCAUCCAGAGGUUGUACGUGGACUGAAUGCAUGCAUUGUGCGAUUGGAGCCAGACAAUGCAAGAAGAAUUUCUGCAUCCAUGCAAAUAUCAGAUUUCAACUCUGCUAAAGCUGAUUUUGGAACAGAUUUGGCACUUAGCACCAGAACGGAGCUUAAUCCUGCUGCUUGGUGGCAACAACAUGGAAUAAAUUGUUUAGAGCUCCAACGUAUAGCUGUACGAAUACUUAGUCAGACUUGUUCAUCUUUUGGGUGUGAGCAUAAUUGGAGUUUAUAUGAUCAGAUUCACAGUCAGAGGCACAACCGUGUAGCACAGAAAAGAUUAAAUGAUGUCAAAUACGUCCACUAUAACCUGAGACUUAGGGAUCGUCAGAUAAGGAAAAUGUCCUAUGAUCCAAUUUUCCUCGAUAGUGUUCUGCAAGAAAAUUUGCUGUAUGAUUGGAUUGUAGAGUCAGAGAAACCAGUUUUGCAAGACGAUGAGGAAGUGCUUUAUAAUGAAAUGGAACUGGGUGAGUAUGAGAAUGAUUUCAUGGACCAUGAUGGUGGAAAUGCAGAUUCAAGGAAGGGAUCAUUGGAGAUGGUAACUUUAGCUGGUGAAGCAGAACCUCUAGAAGUUAAUCCUGACGAUACUGGUACAGCUACAGAUGAUGAUUCUGAUCUCAAUUUUCUUGAUAAUGAGUUGAGCGAUUAGAGUGUUGAACCAGAACCCAAAUGCACAGCAGUUAACAUGCAUGGUAACCCCUCAAGUACUGGCAAUGUAUUCUAUGAUCGCAAGUCCUAGCGCAGUAACAGCAGUCCCAAUCUGCAAUGGCUUUGACACUCUGCAGUCCCAAUCUCUUUCUGGGCAAAAAGUGCACUGUGAGUUGGGGAGUGGGGACG